AUGAUGGAUUCUAUAAAUAGUAAUAUUGGUACAGGAGGAAUAGAUAGAUCUUAUAAACAGAAAUCAACAACAACAACAACAUCAUCAUCAUUCACAAAAGAUGAUUUAGCAAGUGGUAGUAGUUCAAAAACAUCAUUUGAUUCAAUGUUUAAAUUCAAUUAUAAUACCAGGAUAUCGAUUACACUGAUACCUGCCAUCUUACUAGUAUUAUUCCUCAGAGGAAGAAGUUCAAUCUUUACAAGUGCGCUCGUUAUAUUUUUUACCUAUUUAGUUGAUCUAUUGAAUUUACCUUAUUUAACAUUAACUGCAUUAUGGACAGGAUUGUUAAUUGUAGAUGUAUCGUUGAUUACAGGUGGAUUGGUAUUGGUACAACAUUCACUGGUUAAUAUAUUCCUGUUGUUUAAUAUUGCGAUGUUGUUGGCACUUAUUGGAGUGUGGGUAUCGUUGCAGUUCAAGUGGAUCACAGCACAGUAUCCAAACUUAUCAUCGGCAUGCGAGAGAAUCCUGUUCGGUGUCAUCGCCUACCCUACAUCCGUUGUAUUUACCUGGUUUUCAAUCAUAUUGAACGGUAUCGAUCACAGUCCAUUCUAUCUGCUGUGCUUCCUUGCACUCUCAUACUAUAUCUACGCAUUACCGCUACGUUCAUUCCGACUGCGUUCAUCCAAACAAAUAACUUCUGUCAACGGUAAUUUCGACUAUCCGGAUAUCUCGAUUCAAAUGUUCACCUACCUCAUUAUCGUAUUCUAUGCUGAAUCGAUGCUUAUCCUCUACUACUCUUACAAUGCAGCGACAAACCCAAAGUCGAAAGUUGCAAUGGCUCAAGCAAUGAUUGUCAACUCACUGCUACUUGCAUUCAUCGAGGUCACUCUUAACACUUCGGAUCCAACUAUGUAUCCAAUAUAUAUCGUCUAUGCGACAUCGAUUGUAACGAUCUACCUAACGAACCGAUUGCUAGAGACACGUUGCAUUUCAUUCUUUGUCAAGUUGGUGUGUGAUUCCGCUGCCAUUGCUAAAGCACUGUCAUCGAAUCUCCUUUUGCCGAGUCCCGACUCUGUUGUACCAUGUUUCUUGUUCACGUUGGUCAUCUACGGAUUGAUCAUAUACCCAAGUACCACACCACUUGACCGUAAACACGCACUCUACCAUUGCAUUGCAAGUUUCAUAAUCUGUUUGUUCUACUCUAGUAGUGUUUGUUUGCGUCUACUCGCAAUGUUUGUCAACAUUGACAAUGUCACUUCGAUUGCUAUGCAGCUUUCUGCCUUCCUUUUGUCGUUUGCUAUCUGUAUCUUUAAUCUCUCCUUCAAGUUCUAUCCACAAAACAGACAGCUCAGAAACUUAAUUGUAUUACUAUUUACCAGUGGUGUAUUGCUGAUGAUUCUCAAUCCAAGUAGUUCAUUUGCCAACGCCGGCGGUCAACAACAGAAAUUCGCACUUGGCAAUUGGCUUUUGAUAAGCGGUUUGCUUACAGCACUCUUUGGUAUGAUCUACCGUGUUAGAAUUUCAAAGUCAACGAUCCUCAAGGUCGGUUUCUCUUUUAUAUUUGGAACACUCAUUGGAUUGUACUUUAGCUUCAACUAUUUCACACUCAACAACAGCAUCAAGAGAAUCACAAAGACCUCAUCGAAUGAGUGGGUAAUUCAUAUUCUUGUCUCGCUGAUUUUCAAUAUUUUCUCGUUGUUCAUGAUGUAUGCACACUACCCAUCAUUGAGAUCACCUCGAUUCAUGAAUGCAAUAUACACAUUCUUUAUCACACUCUUCCCAAUUACCUAUAUUUUGCUGGGCUCUGUCUAUACUCCCUACCAAUCAAUCAAAGUCCUCGCACAUCUAGAGAAUACACGAUUGUCAACUGUGUCGCUGGCAGUCGGAUUGAAUUUGCUCAUCGUAAUGUAUUUGAAAUAUCAUGUGUCGACCGCCAAGCAUCACCACUCCAAGGCAAAUACAGCGUACAUGAACAGUCCACUCAAGAAACAAACAGUUGGCUCAACCUCGAUGAAAUCGUCAAGCGACUGGGUAUUCUCAAUCUCUUCGUUUGCUUGUGUGCUUUCCUAUCUUACAGCGGUAGCUAUCAACAUGGUAUACCUAGGUGGGAGUGAACUUUGUGUCUUUGUACUCUCACCACUCCUCUUACUGUUGAACACUGAGCGUGGAUUGCUAAAGAAAUUGUCGGAAUCACACAGAUACGCACCGAUGUUGUUUUCAAUCUCAACUUUACUCACUAUCUUCUCAUUGAUAGACACUCUGGCGGUUGCAUCCAACACUGAGAGCUCCUAUGAAUGGUACAGAUUCUUUGGUUUGUCAUCGGGCUUCUGGAGAGUAUGGUGGAACUUUAAAAACUGGGCAUUACUAAUGACCACAUUGCCAUCGGUCUACUAUAUCAACAGAUAUCUCUGGAAAUUCGAGAGACAGUCCCAAUUUAAAUGGUUAAUUUUUGCUCCACCAGCAAUCUUGGCCAUGUUAUUCAGCGAUAUUAUGUCAAUCAAUUUACUUGGUCUAAUUGGAUUUGUUGGUGCGAUUCUACAACGAUUUAUUUCAAGUCAACUUCAGAGGCAAAGUAAUCAGGUUAUCUAA